AUGCUCCUGAAUAUGCAGUGUGAAAUCAUUGAGCUUAGUAACAGUCUGGACCUGAUGGUUACACGCAACAGGAAGACCAUGAAGGGCGUCGCUAACCUGGUGCUCGCUCUCAACAAGCUGAGCAAGUUCAAGUUUGACAGAGACCUCAGCAAUGCUCAGCUCUGCAACACUAUCAUGGACUGUGUGAUGGAAGAAAUAGUAGUUGAGAAAGGCAGCAGCUUCUGCACAGAAGAGAAAAACUUCAACUAUUCCAGGCUUGUGAAACAUGUAGAGCUAAGUGACCAAUACAAGAAAGAUCUCAUUCAGAAUUCAGAAGAGUUCAGGCUGCAGGCCAUCACCCUGAAAGGCGGAUACUGUGAUCUUAAAGUGAAUUUUGAAAUGUCCUGCUACAGACCUGCAACCUGCUACCCCAACACGGGUUUUACGGUCCACCUAUCAAUCAGGUCUAACUCCAAGAAGUUGCAUUUGUGUUGCUCUAAACCAGAUGAUAAAGUGUUGCUGUUUCUGAAGGAUUGCAGUGACAAGUGUUUGAGCCCAGAUGAACAAAUGCAGGACUCCCUUUUCAACAAGUCCAUGGUGUGUAGAGAUAUGGCCACCUUCGAGUCAGUGAAGUACCCAGGCUGGUUCAUCAGCACUGCCUUUGAAGAACGGGAUGACUCGGUAGAGAUGUGCCAGGCAGACACUGCCUUUCGUGUCACCUCCUUCAAUUUUCGUUUUAAAGACUGAUUUUGGAUGAAUGCUCAGUGGCUCAGUGUGUAGCACUGCCGCCUUGCAGCAAAAAGCUCUGGGUUUGAUUACCAGCCCAGAGUUUGCAUGUUCUCCCUGAGCGUGCAUGGGUUCUUUCUGGGUACUCCGGCUU